CAACUUAUCCCCAUCCACAUCAAAUAUAUUAUUCUAUCCACAGCGUAAAUUAGUUCUUCAAAAGUGUUAAAUAUCAUAUUGCCGACUGUCAUGACAGAGAGUCAGGAUAGACGAUGGCAUGAAUUUUGCAUAAGAUCUUAUACAUUAGGUAGUCACAUCGUGACAAAUUUAAAAUUCCGGGAUCGGUCCUAUCAUUAUGGUAGUGGAGACAAGGGUAAUAGUACCGAACUAGAUCAUAAUAGUAGACAACGGGUUAAAUUCUAGUCUCUCAACAAAUCGUACUAGGGAUAUUUAUCCAUACAGGAAGCAAACAGUUCACAUUCUCCACAAUGAUCCUCUCCGUAUUGUCCCCACAAAUCGCGAUCUAGAAUUAUAAACCAAUCGGAACAGGACUCCGACUUAAACUAGAUUGGGAAUGCAGAAAAAAUAGAUGUGGACUUUAAACUUAUGUGAAGACAGUUUCGUGUCAUCGUCCCAUAGUUCUUACUGACAUGUUCGCAGAAUGAACACUCAAAUCCACCUUGAAGUUCAGAACAUUGUCAGAUUUUCUCUCUCCAGAAGACACAUAAAUCAAGUGGACCGAGUACAGAAUUGUUCCUAGCACUGUUUGAAACGUAUACAUCUCCUUACCAUGAAGUCCUCAAUGUCAGUACGCCCCUUUCUUUAUAAAUCUCUUAAACGAAGCACAGGAACGUGCAAACAGGUGAGUAGUAGGCCUAGGACAUAAACCUCACGAGAACAGAAUCCAACACCCGGGGUUAUUCUUGGUGAGCUACAGAGGAUUAAGAGGUGAGUUGAUCAUGGUAUACAAUGUAUUGAAUACGCCGAAUCACUCCAACACGAGCAUAUCACCAGGAUAUCAUCAUUACGCCCCUCGCAAAAACGUCCAAAAAAUCGCACAUCAGAGAGUAAAAGUACAGAUAUGCUCCCACUUUUUCUUACUAGGAGUUUCUUCCAUUUGGAAUGCUGUUACAACCAGAUUGUGAACACUAUCUCAUCAGAGUAUAGCUUUAAGGGAGACUUGUUAGAAACGUGCUCACUCAUGGAUUAUCAUCUCCCACUUGGGAUAAAUGUGCUUGAUGAAUAAUCGGCAACUUACCUUGUGAGGGUAUUGGUUAUCAACUACACAAUCCUUGGAGUGAAACAUACAAUAACUGAGAAGAUUCAUAUUCAACACCAAACACUAUAGAGGGGGUUAAAUAAAUGGCGAACACAUAGAAAUUUGAUCAGUAUGACAUGGCUCGGUCAUGUCAGUGUGGAGGAAGGGUAAUUACCGGCACGAAAGCCUAUUGACAUCAUUAACUCAAAUUUCCUCCUAUCUCUCGUAUUUUCAUCUCCGUUUUCCUCUCUAUUCUUAAAAUUCGGUCUCCUCACACUGUCUGCAUCACUAAUUAACUAAAUUACUGAAUUACUUACUCAAUUUUUGAGACAAUUGCCAUCUCAUAGUAUUUGAAUUUUCUCUCUAUUAUUUUUCACGUUGCGACCAACCAACCUCUUGCCUAGUAGUGUGGUAACUGUCAGUAUCUAGGAUCAUCAUUGCCUGAGAACGAUGCGCUCACUCAGAUUACGAGAUACACAAACUCAAAAACAACUACUAAACUGACUUGAAAUAGUGCAGUCGACUGGGUAGAUACCAGCCACUCAAUAUUACCAAAGACCUUGAGUUGUAUAGAAAUAUCAAGAAGCGAUCAGAAAAGUAACAUUUUGGAGAUGUUACAGGUAUUUGGAGUUUGACAACGCUCUAACCAGCAACACCUAAUACGAAUCGUACCCAACAAGUGAAAUCAAAAGACAGAAGUGAGGAGGUUCGAAGAUAUGUUUGAUAGGUUAUCAAUAUGCCGACGAUCGACUAAUCUAGGCUGGCUAGUGAUUGUAGGGGAUCUUGAGCACGACGUUCCCACUAAUGAUCUGGUGCGGAUGCAUGAUCGAGCCCCUUCAGCUAGGUGAAUCCAUUAAAACUAAUGUGGCCAGCAUCCAAUGUCAAAGACUUACAGAGCUAUUUAUUUUGGGGAUUUUUUUAUCGCUACAAUUCAGUUUAUUGAGUUCAUUACAAGGCUGUUGGAUAUUUGGCUCAUACAAGAAAAUAACAGAUAAGCACGGAAGCCAGCUGGAAAAGAAGCAAAAUAGUCUGUUGGCUCUCUGCCUUCAAAACACAAAUCUAAAUAUAUAAUCUAAUCCAGAUACUAUAAAAAGAGCGCGCACGAUGAUCAGGUACUGUUUUGUUUUUGCGGCAGGAUUCUACUGUGGAGUUUUGUUUCAAAACCAAUAUGAAAUUAAAAAUGUAGCCACGCCAAUGGAACUUGGCGAAGGUCUCCUAACAACAGUUAAAGGAUUAUUAGAACAGAAGAAUAAACCUAAAUAACUGUACAUCUAUUGCAUCGCAAAAUUUCUGUAUCAAGAACAGCACAAAGUUAUGAAUUUUAGCAUUAAGUUUUUUAGUGUUUUACACUUUUUGCUUUCUCCAUGUUACACAUUCAUUUUACCCAAGAGUAUUAGAAAUAUUUCUUCACAAAAUGCAUUUUUUAUUUCUGAAUGGCUUGUUAAAACCAAAAAUUUGCAUGUCAUAUCCAAUCCUUUAGUAGAGGAUAUCGAUUUAGAUGGAAAUCAUGAUGUUUACUUUUCUACAGUAGAUGGUGUACUUUACGGCAUUUCGAACGUGCUUAAAUGUGUUACAGGAAAGUCGUGCGGUAUUCCCUACGAGAAUUGGCCCGUAUCUCACUACGGUGAAAUCUUCUUUUCGACCCCCAUAGCGGUUGAUGUUUACGCUGAGGGUUUCAAGUCAGUACUUUUUAUUAGUCAUCAUGGAGCAGUGUUUACUUAUGAUUAUCUUGGGAAUUUAUUAUCACAUCUUCAAAUUCCAGAUAUCAUUCUAGAUCGAAGUACUUUAUCCCAAAGAGAUCUUGAUAAGAAUUCAUUUGAAUCUAUAAGUUGGGCAUCUACUGACAAUCAAUUACCAAUACAUAGUGAAAAGAAUAUCCGUCUACAUCCCAUAGUUUAUACAGAUCCAAUUAUCUUAACUUCAGUGAUUAGUCGAUCGAAUGUGAAUGAUAUAAAUUUCUUGUAUACUGAUCUUUUACAUAUUGCAUUAAAUUUCGUUAAUUAUCAUUCUCAUAUCACAACAGCGUCGUUGAAUGGGUCAUCUCCAGAUGAUGGUGUACUGGUAGCAGCAAUUGUGAAUAUACCACGUUGUGCUUUAUUUUCUGUAAAGAACGAGGAUUUCAAGUUAUGUUCACCACGUCUUAAAGUAUUAGAAGUUGACUGGUUAUCUGUUAGAUUACCACCGUAUAUUUUCUCGUCGCCUAUUAUAAAUGCCAAUGUUUUGGGAGAGACUCGAGUCAAAGAUCGUUCAUACGUUGAUAGUUAUUAUAGUUUUAUUACUACAUUUAGUGGAAAUAUACAUGUGGUUCAAUUAACAAUGUUAAAUAGUCAUAUUAGUCAACUUUCGUUAGAGGUCAAUAACAUUUUUAUUGAUUCUCAUUCUUUCCGUAUCACUCCAAUGACCUUAUCAUGUGUACCAUCUCCAUGUCCAUUAAAUAAAAUGAAAUCGAACAUAUUACAGUCUAGUGUACUUACUUGUUGUCUACAAGUGGAUAUUUAUUCUUGUUUACGUCUUGUUCUUCUUGUAUCAACUAAAAAAUAUCAUUUUCAAAUUUAUUGGACAUAUUGCCCUGCUACUUAUAAUACUACUACGACUACAUUGGAGUAUGGAGAACAAACUGGUCAAGUGAUAAUUGUUCCUGGAUGUCAAAAGUUACAAACUUGUUCACCAUGGUCUGUUUACACAACACCUGAUGGUUAUGCACAUGCUGUCGACAUUCAGACCGGAUUAUCGGCUCCAGGAUAUCCUGUUAAUUUGUUUACUAUGUAUCAUAAUGUUACAAAUCUUUCUAUAGGGUCUGGAUUAUUAUAUCAAAGAGAGGAUUACACAUACUGGUUGGUUUUUACUGAUGUGUACACAAAUUUGAUUCAUUUGCGACUACAUAAUCCUUUGGUGAUAAUAUCACAUAACCAUGAUACCAUGUUCAAUCAUCAAACUAAUUCAUUGCAGACAAUUUCAUUAUCGCCAAUACCUUUACCGUUACCAACUGGAGUAUCGACGCCACCUUCAUAUCUCUUAUUGUCAAAUCAUGGCUUAAUGUUAUUGAGGAGUAGAUCAUCUCCGAUUGUUCAGUCUAGUUCAACAUCAUUACUGACUUAUUCUAAGUAUAUUGACAAUGUGGACAAGUCCAUUACUCAAUUUAUCAGUGUUCAAUUCGUUAACGAUCAUUUCGAACCAGUUGAUUCUAUUAUUCUUGAUGAUAAUAAAAGAAUUUUAAAUUAUUUAAUCAGAGAUUGUUCAUAUCAUUUAAAGUUAUUUAAUGAAUCCCGAUUAGCAAAACGAUUUUUAGUCAGAUUAUUAACAUCAUUUGGUGUACCAAUAUCGGAAUGGUCCAAUGCAUAUCUAACUACAAAUAUGACAUGUCAUCAUCAUUGUUAUUGUUUCAGUGGUUCAUUGUCUAUUCAACAUAGUUUACCAUUAAAUUCAUAUCAUAAUGAAUUAUAUCUGUCAGUGAUUGAUUCAACUAAUGGUUAUUUCAUUGUUAAUUAUCCAAUUAUAACAAGCUCUCAAAUGAUUUCUUCACGUAUUAUUUUACAUAUUGGAUCAUAUCAAACACAAUUAAUUGUCAGUUUGAUUUAUUUACCAGGAGUUUAUUUAUUUAUUGGAUUAACUAUUAUUCAUUGGUUUUCUAUGUUAAUAACAAAACAGAAUAUGACUGUACAUAAUAAUAAAAUGAUGAAACAAUCUAUUUGAGUUUAAUUUUUCGUUCUUUAUUUUAUGGAAUAUAUUUAAAUAACAACAAAAAAUCUAUUGUUCAUACAUAUAGUGUAAACAUCACAAUGGUCAACUACAAAUCUCAUUACUUCCAUAGUGUAUUAAAUCCUUUUCACCUUUUUCUUCUCUGUGUUAAUGUACAAUUAUUCCACUUUUUUUUCUUAUUGUUUGUUUCAUUUUCAUGUUAGUUUUCAUAAUUUCUAUGUUCGUAGCAUAUCAAUGUUAUAUUAAUACAUUUGCAUAACAAUAUUCUAUAUGUGUAUAUAAUGAAAUAAAUAAAAUACAAUACAUUAUAGGCAUGAACAUGAUUUCUAUCUGUUUCUGUUUAAGAUAUAUGUGUAUAUAUUACAUUCUGUAUGUUUGUAAAGCAUGAUUUUGUAGUUUCACAACCGAAAUCACGAGCUGAUCUAAGCUAGAUCAUUAUUGGAAACCUAGAAGCUCUAGAUGACUGUUUCGUCUUGGCGUAGGACUUCUUAUCAUUGCGCAUUGACGAUUCUUCACUUAGGCGUUGAACCUAGGACUGUCGGUCUCGUGCGUAAACGCCUAAUCUCUGUUGUAUCCGCGUCACUUAUUUCUUAUAUUUGAAAACAAAGAACUACAAUUCCCACGACACUAAGUAAAAACACAGAAGACUGAUACAAAUGAAAGCACGACAACAGAGGUUGAAAAUGCACUUUUUUAUAUAUUGAUUUGUGAGUUAGUCAAUCAUCUACAACGUAGGACCAGGCACGCAUAUGCACCGGUCCAAGUU